GGUAAGCGCUAAAAGCAUCAAACUAGGCCACUUCUUCCAUAGUCAGUUGUUUACGCCAGCGCUCACGCAAGCCAUGGCCAGUCCGCUUGCGCAAAUAGCUGCACAACUCGCGGCGCCGGGGAAAGGCCUGCUGGCGUCCGAUGAGAGCACGGGAACUAUUGGGAAGCGCUUGGAAAAGGCCGGGCUGCCGAACACGGAGGACAUCCGCCGCUCCUACCGAGAGCUGUACUACACGACGCCCGGCAUGGGGCAGUACAUCAGCGGCGUGAUUAUGUUCAAGGAGACGCUCUACCAGAGCACCAAGGCCGGCCGGCCCUUCGUGGAGGUGCUGGCGGAGCAGGGCAUCCUCGCGGGCAUCAAAGUGGACGAGGGCCUGGAGCCGCUGGCGGGUGCCGCGGACGGCGAGACGCACACCAAGGGGCUGGAGGGACUGGAGGCCAACUGCCGCGAAUACGCGCGCGCGGGGGCCAAGUUUGCAAAGUGGCGUGCCACGCUGAAGGUAACGGACACGCUGCCAUCGGCUCUGGCGGUGGAGCGCAACGCGGACGAGCUGGCGCAGUAUGCCCGCAUUUGCCAGAACUGUGGGCUGGUGCCUGUGGUGGAGCCGGAGAUCCUCAUCGACGGCAACCACUCCCAGGAGCGGUUCGGGCAGGUGACGGAGCAGGUGAUCGGCGCCACGGUGGCGGCGCUUUGGCGGCACGGCGUGGAGCUGGAGGGCUGCCUGCUCAAGCCACAAAUGGUCAUCCCAGGCGCGGACGCGGAGGGCGGCAAGGUGUCAGCGGCAGACGUGGCACGGUGCACCGUGGCGGCGCUGCGCAGGGUGGUACCGCCCGCUAUUCCCGGCAUCAUGUUCUUGUCGGGCGGCCAGACGGAGGAGGAGGCCACCAUCAACCUGGACGCAGUCAACCGGGAGGCGCAGGCGGUGGGCCGCUGCCCCUGGGUGCUGUCCUUCUCCUUCGGCCGCGCGCUGCAGGCCUCGGUUCUGAAGCUGUGGUCGUCGGAUCAGACGCGCGUUGCCGAGGCGCAGCAGCUGGCGCUGGCGCUGGCACGAGUGAACAGCGAGGCGGCCCUGGGCAACUACAACGCCAGCAGCGGCAGCCACCCCUCCACGUUGGGGACCGCCACGCUGCACGAGACCUUCCGCGGCUGGAACGGGCAGCCCGCCGGCAACGGCGCGGCUCAGUAAAUCGCGGCGAGCCGUGGCUAGCAUUGUCUGCCAUGUGUUGCAUGUGUGAGAAGAUUUUACUUAAGUGCUGAAAGGUGCAAGGGCAGUGCCGGCUGUGUGGACGCGGGUUUACGGGUGAGUUAGAUGCCACAGGGGUACAACGGCGCGUUGUCGUAGCGUCUCGCCACUCCAGAGCAACUGCAACGAGAGUCGUUACAUUCUUAUUGAUAUGCGACGGCACAUGUCACCGGGCUGGCCUCGAGGAUGGUGAAGAUCCGGUGCCAGUAUGGGCCAACAAAGUUUGCAGGCGGAGUGCAGGAUACCGGGGCUUUCUGAAUCCAGGGCAAGGGAUGUGUUGACGCGAAGAGCAGGGAUGAAGUGCGCGAGUGUGUGAGCGUGUGUGGUCUAGUGGGGUGCAGGAGUCGAGAGAAUCCGCCCAGCAACUGGGUGAGCAUGCAUGGUCGGCGCGGCGGCGGCAACCGCGAAUAAUGAAUGCGCUGAGUUACAAUCGCCCGCACGAGAAGAUGGAUGGGAUGGGGUUCACCCUGGCUGCCGGCGCGGUUGGCUCAAAGUGUCCAUGGCAGGCCUGGCAGAGAGGGGCAGAGAGCGCGAGACGAUGCAGGAGUAACGAAGUUACGUUGAAGGGGUGCAUGGACCUGCAUGGACAGACAGUGCAGCGGUUCUGGAGGUCUGCCCUUCUGGUAGCUGGCACUGUGCAAGUGAGCUGAUGCGACGUGCCAUCAGGGGGGACAAUUCCCCUCAAUUUUUCGGAACCUUCGGC